CAAAUAAUGUCAAAAUUAACCUAUAUCGUCGUUCGUAGAUUAAUUAUUGUGUAAAUAAACUUUAUUAAAUUAUGGAUAUUUCUCGAAUAGUGUACUUAAAGAAAAUCGAAAGCAUUUACAACCUUAGAAAACGUAUAUGUGCCUCAGUUUAAUCGUGCAGUCCAUAAUAGAAUCUGACAGCUGACAGCUAACCUGAAAUCGCCAUCAUAACAACUAAAAAAACUAUAGUUCUAUGUGAUUAAAAAAAUAUUAUUUAAAUAUCGGUGAAAUAAUCACACGUGGUUUUAUUGUGAGUGCAAUAAUAAUUUUAAAGUUAGUUUUUAAAGAGUUCGCAGAUAGUGAAAAUUAUCUAACGGGACGCUCUAGUUUUCUAAGAAUUUUAUCAAGAUUGAUCAAGAUUAAACUUCAAAGACUUUAAUCUUUAGAGUACAAAAAAAUCUGAUCAAUAUGUUGAGUCGAUUUAAAUCUGCGUUGAUGAAUGCAGUGGGUGCAAGUGAAUUGGGUUUACAGUAUCCUAAUGACUCUGAUAGCGAUGCUGUUACGGAUUAUAUUAAUUCGAAUUUAACAAUUGAAGUAGAGACUAAACCUUACAGCAGGCCCAGCUUUUUAGGAUUGACUAAUGAUGAAACACAGGUUAGCGCCGAUCAUCGAGUGAGACCCAUCAUAGUUCCAAGGGAUCUUAGUCGAUUACCCUGGUGUGCUGGAUACGCAGAAUGUAUAAAUGCAGGAAAAAGUACCUGGAACGAAGAUCAAGCAACGGCAACUCGAGGAGAUUUGAAGCUACCAGAUUCAAAUACUACAUUACCUUAUGUAUUAUUCUCGAUGUUCGAUGGACAUGCUGGAUAUCAAGUGGCUCUCUCUGCAAGAUUGUAUCUUCACCGAGUCAUACUUGAAAGGUUACUAGCGAUACCAAGUAGUAUUCUACUAAAUGAAGAAGAAGAUAGUUUAAUCAAAGGAAGGGACUUAGUGAUCGGGGCUAUUGAAUUAGCAUAUAGGCAAAUGGACCAAAUGGUUGAACAACAAGCUCAGAAUGGUGGUGGAGGCUGCACAGCAAUUUCCAUUUUAUUUCUAAAUGGAAGACUUUAUGCUGCUGGAGCUGGAGAUUCCAGGGCAAUACUCGUUCUUGGCGAGAGCGAGAGAGCUUUAACGAGAGAUCACACGCCAGAUUCUGAAUCGAAUCGUGUCAGGGCAUUAGGAUACUUGAAGGGUAGUGACCUACUAAAAGGACAUUUUACAUCUCUCGAGUUCAAAAAACGACCCUUACAAAGGGACUUAGGAUCCAUGGUUUUGUACAGAGAACCUUACAUGAUCGGCUGGGCUUACAAGAUUUUAACUCAUCCGGAUUUAAGAUUUCCUCUCAUAUCCGGCCAUGGUAAAAGGAGUCGAGUGAUGGGAACGAUAGGCGUUACGAGAGGAUUUGGCGACCAUGGCCUAAAAGCAGUAAAUACGGGAGUCAGUAUCAAGCCAUUCCUUUCUUCGCAACCUGAAGUACAAUCUUUAAAUUUAGAGGACUAUAAUUUAAGCGAAAGAGACUGCAUUAUUGUGGCGACAGAUGGACUUUGGGACGUCGUUUCUGAUAAAGAUGCAGCUAACAUACUUAGGAAGACAUUAGCACCGGAUUCUCCUUCUUUAGAAUACAGACUUACAAUGGGAGCUCAGGAAUUGGUUCAGGCAGCAAGAGGGAGACUGGUAGGUCGUGUUUGGAGAGGAAAACCGGAAAAUCCUGACGAUAAUGAAGAAUCAGCUUUGCCAAUGGCGUCGGUUGACGAUAUAAGUGUAAUGGUGGUACCUCUGUAUCCAUACCUUUGUGAGCAUCGGCAGUGGAUAAAAACCACUCAACAAGAAAGAAGAUAUUCAACAGAUGGCUCACAAAUGCAGCCAAAUGAUGCAGUUUAAGGUAUUGAGAGUUGGAGUUUUUUGAAUACUAGUAUAUCGCGUUAGGAACAAAUUAAAAAUACGUUACGAUACCACUGAUACAAUACAACACCAGUGUUCAGCAUUUAAAAAUACGUGAAAGACGAAUCAUUAGUUUCAGUAUUCACUAGAUUUAUUCUCUGCAUAAUAAAAUAGGCCGCAUUAUAAUUUAAACUAGAAAAAGUUGUAUGCAUUUUAUACCAAACAAGUGAUAAAAGAUAUAUUUUCAAUUUAGUUUUAGCAAAGUAGAGAUUAAACAUUGAAACAUUGUCUUGUUUGUCUUGUUCGGUCACUUUUUUCCAUUUGGAAAUUAAAUUUUUAUCUUUUCACCAUCGAAUUAUAUUUAUUUACUCACGGGUAAGGAAGACAUUUUUAUUGCAUGGAACAGAAAAUGCCAUGAGAACAAAGAACAACAUUCCGCGUCUUUAAAUAUGCUGAAGAUUUUUUUUACUAAGGAACUAAAAAGGCCGUAUUAAAUUUUGAGAUAAUCGUAAUUUUACACCGAGUGCCGCAUUUUGUCUACACUGACUUGGAGAAUGAGUUACUUCUUUUAUAUGGAUAUUUCGUCGAAAAUUUUUAAUCGUUUAGAAAUAUUAUUCACUUAAAACUGUAAAUAGUUUAUGCAAUCGUACUGUCUGCUUUGAGAGAGUAGAUACUUGUGUUUAUGAAAUUGUUAUAUAUUGUACUAAGUCCUGUAGCGUAUCUAAACAAUAAAUACAAUCAUUCAUA